ACUGGUCACAUGACUAUCGCCACUGACUUUACCCGUAGAAUCACCAGUGAUCAGGCUGCCUCUGCUACCGACAGACCCUCCUCUCCUCAUUACUUAGUUUAGUAAAGAAAGGUGUAAAGCCUGCUCGGUGUUAAAGAUGUCUCCAACGGCUUUACUGGUCCUGUUUUCGGUCGUGCUGUCCGGUGUGAGUGCCGGUGUGUUUUUCAACCAGAAGCAGCCUUGUUACGUCCGCACACCGAAACGAAACGAUUUCGGACUGAAGACCGCUCCUCGUCCUCAUGAGUAUUUAAACAUUUCUGAAUUGCCCAAAUCCUGGGACUGGAGGAACAUCAAGGGCACCAACUUUGUGAGCACCACCCGCAACCAGCACAUCCCCCAGUACUGUGGCUCCUGCUGGGCCCAUGGCAGCACGAGUGCGAUGGCAGAUCGCAUCAACAUUAAGAGAAAUGGAGCGUGGCCAUCGGCCUAUCUCUCUGUCCAGAAUGUGAUCGACUGCGGUGAAGCCGGCAGUUGCCACGGAGGAGAUCACAGAGGAGUUUGGGAGUACGCCAACACACACGGGAUCCCAGACGAGACCUGCAACAACUACCAGGCUAUAGACCAGAAAUGCAAUACUUUCAAUCAAUGUGGCACCUGCACCACCUUUGGAGUGUGCAACAUUGUGAAGAACUACACCCUGUGGAAAGUGGGAGAUUUCGGAUCUGUGAGCGGGAGGGAGAAGAUGAUGGCAGAGAUCAACGCUAGAGGACCAAUCAGCUGUGGGAUUAUGGCCACAGACAAACUGGAUGCCUACACCGGAGGCGUCUACUCUGAAUAUCAGGAGGAUCCUUCCAUCAAUCAUAUUGUGUCAGUGGCAGGAUGGGGCGUGGAGAACGGAGAUGAAUACUGGAUUGUACGCAAUUCCUGGGGAGAGCCAUGGGGUGAGAAGGGAUGGCUCAGGAUUGUGACCAGCGCCUACAAAGGAGGAAGUGGAAGCACAUACAACCUGGCGUUGGAGGAGGACUGCAUGUAUGGAGACCCAGUGGUCCCCAAGGCCUACCUGUAGAGGAGAGCAGCACCCACAGCGUCAGAAGACACUCUUCAUGUCUUCCUGUCUCGGGCAGAGACACUUUCUCUUUGUAAAAUGUUUUAAAGGGAAUACGAUCUAUUUUUUACACUUAAAGGGGUGAAAUCAGACCUGCUCCAAUCAAUGCAAAUAUUCAGCUUUUUGUAGAUCACAUUUUUCAAUGCAAACUGACUCAGCCAAAGAAGAGUUUAUGAUUAGUCCUAUACUGCUGUGACACCGACUGUCUUCAGUGUGUGGUGUUUAUUGUGUUGACAGUAUUGCACCACACCGUUAGGAAAAAUACAUCAACUUUAAAUUGUGCCUUACAUGCACUGGCAGCCGAAUACAAACUGUUAUUUCCUUUUUGUGUUCACACUUAUCUACACAUCAGACAUUCUGGAAAAAUUGCAAUCUUUGUUUUGUUGUUUUAAAUUGUGUCAAUAAACACAACACUUAAAAGUGAUGCUCCACACACAA